CAGUUUUCCUCCGUUUGGUUUCAAGCCCUCCGCUGGCAUCUCUUCUCGCGCUCGCUUCCGCAAUCCGCAGGAAGAGGAACAUCGAGAAUUCUCUCCUUGGUCCCUUCGUCGAUCCGUGGAUUCUUGCAAGAAGAGCGGAAAUAAGGGAUUUUUGUUAGAGUGUUCGGUUUUCUUCCGGCAGUUGUUUCAUGGACGGAUCAAAGGCGGUGCGGGAUGAGGCUUUGAUGAGUUCCCAGCUCAGGCGGACAAACUCUCCUCGAGAGGAUAGGUCUGGGCAAAACCAGAUGGCACCUGCACCAGCAGCAUUUGGCACUACUUCCAAGCUCACGACCAAUGAUGCCCUAACCUAUCUGAAGGCAGUGAAGGUUGUAUUUCAUGAUGAAACAGAAACAUAUGAUGAAUUUCUUAAAGUCAUGAAGGACUUCAAGAGCCUGAGGAUUUGUACGAAUGAAGUUAUUAUAAGGGUAAAGCAAUUAUUUAAAGGUCACUGGGAUCUGAUCAUGGGGUUUAAUACCUUCUUGCCCAAGGGCUAUGAGAUUAAGCUACCAGAAGAAAAGAAACCAAAGUAUGAUGAGGCAGUUGAUUUAGUUCAUAAAAUCAAGGAUCGUUUUGAGAAUGAUGAAUAUGUUUACAAGUCAUUCAUAGAUAUCCUGAAUAUGUAUAGAAGGGGAAAUAAGCAAAUUCAUGAGGUCUAUGAAGAGGUAACAACCCUCUUUAAAAACCAUCAAGAUUUACUCAAAGAAUUCACACACUUUUUACCUGUUGCCCCUGCAAUAUCUCCUUCACAUCAUGGAUAUGCAAAUCGAGAAUUUGCAUGUCAAGAUGAAAUGAAGCCUGCAGCAAGACAUUUCCAUGAAAAAAAGCUGGAGAGAGCUUAUAGGCCACAUACUGAGUGCAACUCUAGCAUUGACUGUCCUGAUAUAGAACAUGAUAGAAAGAGAAGGCGUUCAGAGACAGAAAGAAUUACAAGCGUAGUUACUGACAAGAAAGAUCAUGAACGAGAUAAGGACUUGGAGCAUGGAGAUUUAGAUAAAGCACAUCAUACCUAUAAAUCUUCAUCUCAAAAGCCUGAUUACCCUAUUCCUGGGAAGAUGCAGAGAGGAGCUGAUGGCACUGAGAACAUUGGCAUAUGUGUAUAUACUCGGGAAUUCAAUUUCUGUGAGAAAGUGAAGGAUAAGGUGCACCCUGACACCUACCAGGAAUUUUUGAAAUGCUUGGAUAUGUACAGCAAAGAGAUAAUAAUGAGAACAGAGCUAAAGAAUGUAGUAAAUGAUAUCCUUGGAAAGUAUCCAGAAAUUAUGGAAGGUUUCAAUGAAUUUUUGCUCAAUUGUGAAGAUAUAGAUGGAUUUCUGGAAGGCUUCUUCAACAAAAGAUACUUGGUUAAGCAUGGUAAGAUAGAGGAUAGAGAAAGGGAUCGAGAAGUGGUUAAAUGGCAUAAAGAUCAUGAAUGGGAGAGGAACACUGCAAAGGAAAGAGUUGAGAAAGGCACCCUGAAGGCUACUUUUUUCUCUAACAAAGAAAAAUAUGACAUGUGGAAACCAAUUUCAGAGCUUGACCUCUCAAACUGUCAAAGUUGCACCCCAAGUUACCGCCUUCUUCCUAAAAAUUAUCCUAUACCUUCAAGCCACAGAACUAGACUGGGAAAGUCUGUACUAAAUGAUGAUUGGGUAUUAGUGACUUCUGGAAGCGAGGAUCGCUCCUUCAAGCACAUGCUAAAGAACCAACAUGAAGAAACUUUAUUUGUUUGUGAAGAUGAUAGAUUUGAGAUGGAUCUCUUAUUGGGAUUGGUCAAUGCAACAACUAAACGUGUGGAAAAAUUAGUGGAAAUGAUGCAAGACCCAAUGACAUCGAAGAGUCCAAUACACAUUGAAGACCAUCUUACUUCUUCGCAUUUGAGAUGUGUUGAACGAUUAUAUGGGGACCAUGGUCUUGAUGUUAUGGAUGUACUCCAGAAGAAUGCUAAUCUUGCAUUGCCAGUUAUAUUAACCCGUUUGAAGCAAAAGCAAGAGGAGUGGUCCAGGUGUCAUUCAGAUUUCAAUAGAGCUUGGGCUGAAAUAUAUGCCAAGAAUUUUCACAAAUCACUUGAUCAUCGAAGUUUCUAUUUCAAGCGACAAGAUUCUAAGAACCUGAGAACAAAAUCUUUGCUGUCUGAGAUUAAAGAGAUCAAUAACAAGCUGAAAGAAAAUGAUGUUCUCCUUGCAGUAGCUGCCCACAAUAGGCACCCAAUCAUUCCCAAUAUGGAAUUUGAGUAUGGAGAUGUGGGUAUCCAUGAGGAUUUAUAUCAGAUGAUAAAAUAUUCUAGUAGAGAAGUUUGCACAUCUUCAGAUCAAUUUGACAAAGUCAUGAAAUUAUGGAACAAUUUUUUGGAGCCUCUCUUGGGUGUUCCAAAUCGAAGUGUUGUAGAUGAUUAUCAACAUGUGAGAUGUGAGAGUCAUGCUGUCUAUGGAACUCCUUGUCAAACCAAGCUAAGUCAUGGUGCUGAGAGCAUUCUACAUGACCAAGCAGGUUCGUGCAGGACUGGGUUUACAAAUGGGAAUGCAACCGCUAAAAAUUGUUUCCACCAUGCAGAACAAGUCACUCACUGUGUUAAAAAUUAUUUUGAUAGUCCACUUCAAGGAAGAGUUCGGGGUAGUUAUCAUAUGUUUGAUGAAGUUGCCCGAGCAGCUGUGCAAAAUGUACCUACAGAACAUGUGCCAAAUGGUAACAAUGAUGCAAGUAGAGCUGAAGAAGCUCAUGCUAAAACAAGCCCAGAGAACACAUCAGGAACUAAUGGUGUAUCCAUAAGAACUGUCCAUUUUGUCAAAGAGACAAUAGUUGAACCUCAAGCAUCCAGUGAAACUUUACCGUGUACAAAGGUUGGACAUUCUGGAAGGUUGAUUGCAUCAGAUAAUGAUGGAAUUUCUGAAUAUAUCAGACCUAGUGAAGGUCCUGCUUCCAUUAAUAAUUCCAAGAUUGAAAGAGAAGAAGGUGAAUUGUCACCGUCUAGAGAUUUUGAAGAGGACAAUGCUUAUAAUGCCAAAGCUAAUGAUGAGGAUGUAGGAAGUGCUCCACGGUCUAAUGAGAUCAGUGAAAAUGCAUCAGAGUCUGGUGAAGAUGUUUCCAUCAGUGAAUCUGGCAACGUCAUGGAAUGCUCCCAUGAAGAUCAUGAGGAAGAGGAUGAUGCAGAACAUGACAAUCAAGAUGUAAAGGAUGAAAGUGAGGGUGAGGCUGAAGGAGUGACCAAGGCCCAUGAUGCUGGAGGAGAAAUUACAGCAAUACUUGAUUCAGAAAAAUUUCUCAACACAGCAAAACCUCUUGCAAGGCAUGUGCCUGCAACAUUGCAUGACAAGCAUGAUAAAUCUUCCCAGAUAUUUUAUGGGAAUGAUUCAUUCUAUGUGUUACUCCGGCUUCAUCAGAUAUUGUAUGAAAGGAUGCUCUCUGCCAAGAUAAACUCAUCAGCUGCUCAAAAUAAAUGGAGUUCUAAAGAUACAAAGUCUCCUGAUCUAUAUGCCAAAUUUUUGAGCAUUCUAUACGAUCUGCUUGAUGGUUCUGCUGACAAUACCAAGUUUGAAGAUGAUUGCCGUGCUAUCAUAGGAACUCAGUCUUAUGUGCUUUUUACAUUGGACAAGCUAAUCUAUAAAGUCGUUAAACAGCUUCAAGCAGUAGCCUCGGAUGAGAUGAGCAAUAAGCUUCUCCACCUCUAUUUGUAUGAAAACUCACGCCAAACAGGAAGGUCUUUUGAUAUAGUUUAUCAUGAAAAUGCUCGGGCACUACUCCAUGAUGAGAACUUAUACAGAUUUGAAUGCUUUUCACAACCUUUAGAUGUGACAAGACUAUCAAUCCAGCUCAUGGACUAUACACACGAAAACCCUGGAGUGGCUGCUGUCUCAACUGAUUUCUCCUUUUCUUCUUCCCUGUACAGUGAUUUUCUCUCAAGUGCUUCAAUUAGGAAAGGAUCAUUGAAGGGUGUCUUCCUGAAAAGGAACAAGCGUAAAUAUAACAGCACUGAUGAGAAUUCCACUACUUGCAAGGCCAUGAAGGGGAUUCAAAUGUUCAAUGGUUUGGAGUGCCAAAUAUCUUGUAGUUCAUCAAAGACACGGUAUGUCGUAGAUACUGAAGAUUCCUUAUUCCAAAUGACAAAGAAGAGAAGACAUCCAAGUGGAGAUACCUUAGUUAAUAACCAAGCACACUCCGGACAAGUACACAAUGCUAAAAUACAGCGAUUUCAUAGUUUCAUUUCCGGUUUCUUGUCCAGAUCCUAGUGCAAUGGUACUAGCGUGUAGUCUCUGACAGAUGAACCUGAUACGAGAAUAACCUUGAUGAAUCUGCUUUGUUAGGCCACUUUUGCGUCGUCAUUGCCAUCUCUCGCCUACACAUUUCCAAAUACUACAUGGAUGGAUGUCUGGUAUUUGCGCCGCCAUCACUCAAACACUGUUCUAGUGUUUUUUUCCCCAUUGCAUAUUUGUAAAUAGGCAAAUCUCUCAUUUUGUAUUAGAUUUUUACUACUUCGCCGGAGCAAACAUUUAAACUUCAGAUGUAAUAUGCUUAUUCUUAUAACAAGUGGGCUUCACUGUUGAUCA